GUGUAGCCAUAGAUAGUCACAACAAGAUGGCGACCGCCAACAGCACCAACGCGGAUCAGGAUGCCGUUCUGGAUGAUUUUGAGGCUUUAGACCCUUCCCUACGCAACGUAGUGGAGCAGAAGUCACUCAAGUGGAUAUUCGUCGGCGGAAAAGGCGGUGUAGGGAAGACUACGUGCAGCUGUAGCCUGGCCAUCCAGCUGGCAAAGGUGCGUGAGCGUGUCCUCAUCAUCUCCACGGAUCCUGCACACAACAUCUCCGACGCCUUCGACCAGAAGUUCUCCAAAAUCCCAACAAAAGUCAACGGCUUUGAGAACCUGUUUGCAAUGGAAAUUGACCCGAAUCUGGGGAUGUCCGAAUUACCUGACGACUUUUUUGAGGAUCAGGCUGAAGGUGGCGCCUUGGGUGUAGGGAAGGCCAUGAUGCAGGAGUUACUGACAGCCUUUCCGGGUGUGGACGAGGCCAUGAGUUAUGCAGAAGUCAUGAGAUUGGUGAAGGGGAUGAAUUUCUCAGCUGUUGUUUUUGACACGGCGCCGACGGGCCACACGUUACGCCUCCUGUCGUUUCCCGCGGUCGUGGAGAAGGGUCUGGGCAAGCUCCUCAGGUUAAAGUCACAGAUUACACCAUUCAUACAUCAGAUCGGAGGCUUGCUGGGAUUGGGCGACAUAAACGCAGACGAGAUGUCAUCGCGACUGGAGGACACACUACCGAUCAUACGGCAGGUCAACGAACAGUUCAGGGAUCCGGACCAGACAACGUUUGUGUGUGUGUGCAUCGCGGAAUUCUUGUCGCUGUACGAGACUGAGAGAUUGGUGCAGGAACUGACCAAGUGUAACAUCGAUACCCAUAACAUCGUGGUGAACCAGCUGCUGUUCCCCACACAAGAGGACCAGCCCUGCAGAAUGUGUGCUGCCAGGUACAAAAUGCAGUGUAAAUAUCUGGACCAGAUUGAAGACUUGUAUGAGGACUUCCACAUUACGAAGCUGCCACUGUUAAACCAUGAGGUUCGGGGGAUAGAGAAAGUGAAGCAUUUCUCCAAACACAUCCUCGAACCUUAUCAAGCAGGACAGCCAUUAUAGGCCAGAGUUGCUUUUCAGAAGACCUGAACCAGGCCAAACUAGCUGUAUUUAGUCAUAAAUUAUGUAUUUAGUCAUAAAAGAACUGAUUACGAUGGUCUUGCAAAAACUGUUAGAAUGACAAAAAAUUAUCCUGGUGAUCAUUUUCCAUGGGCUAGCUUUGGGGUGUUUUACUGGCCCCAGUCCUACUAAUCAUGGCCAAUUUUUUCCUGACAGCCUGUUUUUCCUAGCCUUAGUACCAUCCGAUUUGUAAAUCCGAUGGCACCCAGGUUAUGUUUUACCCAGGCACUAAUUUUUGACAGAUGUGAUGUAUGGAUGCAGAAUAUGUUACAAAGAUGUGCAUCAAGAAAAUUGUAUUAAAUGAUGAGUGUGUAUAAGUAUGACCUAUAAUGCUCAAUCACACAAUCUGCCUGACAGGUGCUGUGUAUUUAAAGCGAAAUUGAUUUCCAUUCAAUACAACACAUUGUCGGUACUUUAGUUGUAGGGAAAAGUCAAUGUCAGGAGAUGCAAAAACUGCAAUUAUGAUAGUAUUUAAAUCUUGCUAGUGUAAUGUCUGAGGACUUACAAGUAUAUUGAGCUUGAUAUUAACCAUGUUGUAAAGUCCCAGGUAUCGUGAAUGCAUAGAAAAAAUCAUUUCUCACCAGGUAUUAAACUGCUAUUGUUGUUUCUCAUCAUGAUGGCUAUGCCAUGUAUAUAUUAUAUGGAAGAAAGUACA